UUUCUUUCUUUUUUUUUUUCUUUUAAGGUCGCGGCCGACUGCCUCUGAAUAAUUUAAAGGGCCCCUGCCUUCCGGAAUUUGGUUUGAAGGCAAGAGGUAGUUGUUUCUGGACAUCGCUUUGUCAUGGGACCUGUGCGGUUGAGAGUAUUGUUGUUCAUUGUGGCCGUGUACGGGGCUUGGGCUGGGACGCCGAAGGACGCCGAUGACACAGAACGCAUGCCCAGCAAAUGCGAAGUGUGUAAACUGCUGAGCACAGAGCUGCAGGAGGAACUGAGUCGCACUGGCCGAUCUCGGGAGGUGCUGGAGCUGGGUCAGGUGCUAGACACAGGCAAGAGGAAGAGACAUGUGCCUUACAGUGUUUCAGAGACAAGACUGGAAGAGGCCUUGGAGAAUUUAUGCGAGCAGAUCCUGGAUUACAGUGUUCAUGCCGAGCGCAAGGGCUCACUGAGAUAUGCCAAGGGUCAGAGUCAGACCAUGGCAACAUUGAAAGGCCUAGUACAGAAGGGGGUGAAGGUGGAUCUGGGGAUCCCUUUGGAGCUAUGGGAUGAGCCCAGCGUGGAGGUCACGUUCCUCAAGAAGCAGUGUGAGACAAUGCUGGAGGAGUUUGAAGAUGUUGUGGGAGACUGGUACUUCCACCAUCAGGAGCAGCCCCUACAGCGUUUUCUCUGUGAAGGUCAUGUGCUCCCAGCUGCUGAAACUGCAUGUCUACAGGAAACUUGGACUGGAAAGGAGACCACAGAUGGGCAAGAGAAGACUGAAGAGGAAGAAGAGGAGGAAGAGGAAGGAGAAGAGGAGGAUGAGGAGAAAGUAAAGUUGACUAAGAAAUCAGGCCUCACCAAGCAUGACCCAGAGGACCUUUGAACCCUGAUUUUGAGCCCCCAGGAGUGGCAGGAAUCAUGGAGAAGAUCCCUCUGAA